AUGAGAGAAGAAGCUGUGUCUUAUACCAGACAUGUCAGUGGAAAAAUGAUGCGGGGCCACCAUGUCAGGCUUCUGUUUAUGAUCAGUUUGGCAUUACAGAUUAUCCAUUUGGGAAAAAGCUAUCAAAGUGAGAAACACAAAGGUGGUAAAGAAGGAAUCAACAACACUACAACCCAGAAGCGCCAGCAGAAAACGCUCAACUGGACCUUAAAUAAUUUUAGUAAAGUGAAUGGGAGCGCAGAGGGCUGGAGGCAGCAGCGAGAUACACUUCCCCAUUCCUGGGGGUUCCGAGAGAGUGCAUCCACGAGGUCCAGCUGCUGCCAGAACGGCGGCACCUGUGUCCUAGGCAGCUUCUGCGUAUGCCCUGCCCACUUCACCGGCCGCCACUGCGAGCACGACCCGAAGCGCAGCGAAUGCGGCGCCCAUGCGCACGGAGCCUGGACUGUCCACGGCUGCCGCCUCUGCAGGUGUGUCUAUGGUGCCCUGCGCUGCCUCGCCCGCCAGACUCAAGGCUCCUGCGUUGAUGGCAUAGUCGUUGCAGGAAAUUCUGAAACUAUGAAUCCAGUUGAACUCAAGGAGACCUGGACUGUGAAGCAGAAGCUGGCAGAAAGAGCUCCUGUCUUCUGGACCUAUGCAUUCGCAUUCCAUGUCCCUUUGACACCGACAGGUGAACAGUAA